GGAGUUCGGUUUCCGCCGAGCGCCUGCGUCCCGCCCGCCGCCGGCGGAGCGCGCCGAGCCUACAGCCCCCAGGGUGCACUGCGCCGCGGGGCGGGGUGGAGCCAAGCCCUCGGAACCAGCAGCUGGAGGGCUGAGCAGACCCCGCGGAGCGCUCGCGAGGGAGGCUGGGUCUGAGCGCAGGACUACGUUUCCCAGCGGGCGGCGGGCCCGCGGGGGCGCUUUUCCGUGGCCUGGGACUCCGGAGUCGCCCCCGCCGCGGGCGCUGCUUUUCAAGAUGUCCAAUAAAGAAUCUUAUGGAAAAGAAGAUAAGUCUCAGGGAAAAGGCACCACCUUAUUGCCAGUCUUUGAUGAAGAAGACAAGAAAAAGAAAAACAUCUCAGCAAGUUCUACUAGUUCAGUUUACUCUGUGAGACCAGUUUCAUCAGAGAGGAGAAAACUGAAAUCAGAUCAGACAGAAAUUCUUUAUUGUAAUACAAAAAGAAGACAGGAACUGAAAAGAUUGAAUGUAGAAGUCGACACAGAAACACCGAGAAAGAGACCAAAAACCAGUUCCUCAUCCCAAGGACCUGCUAAAAUCCAAGAAACAUCAUAUUCAAAUGAUAAUCAGAUUAUCUUGCAGAUUCCUUCUUCAAAAGGAAUUAAAGAUACUAAAGUUAGAAAUAUGAAAUUGACAAAUGUUAGAAAUAAGCUUGGACAUGAAAUGAAAAAUCUUAACAGUCAUAAAAUUGCCAAAGAUAUGAAACCUAAAGUUGAAGGCCAAGCAAAGGACAAGAAGUGGCCUCAUUUACUGGCUCAGAAGGAGAAGAUGAGAGAACUAACCAGUAAAUUUAGAGACAAUUCUGAAAAACUUGUCUUGGAGAAAUGCCAGAAAAAUCCAUUUUCUCAGGAUUGUAAUUCCAACAGGAUAAUUAAGGAACCUUUGGAAUCUAGAAGGAAGAUCAGCUUCAAAAUCCCAACAAAAUCCUGUAGUACGCUCCAGAGACUGGUAGAAGAAAACGUCUUCAAUUUAGAGUCUAAUAAGUCAAAGACUAAACAAGAGGGCAAAGGAGGCCUGGGAACCUCACGAGUUUCAUUAAAUUUAGCCAGGCACAAAACUGAACGCCUAUUUUCAGAUUCGUCGUAUAAACCUGAGUGGAAAGGAAAGCAUCGUCAUGGACAUCAAGAAAGGAAUGAUUCAAUUUCCAAGGAAAUGCUUACCCAGAGGUUUGAAACACCAUGUUCUUCAGUGGGACCUGAAAGUAUUCAAGAUACAGAUCAAGAGAUGCAGAUAGUAGAAGAGCUUCAUGCUGCACGUGUGGGAAAAAGUGUCGAUUUACCUGUGGUACCACCUUCUGGAGAGCUAAUGAGUAUGGAAAUUGACUUGGUGGAAGAUGAUGUACAUUCUUCUGCUGCAAAUACUGAUUCGGACAAAAAACUUCUAAUUGUUAUUGACACGAAUAUUCUGAUGAAUCAUCUCAAAUUUGUUAGACUUUUGAAGACAACAGAAAUACCAGGCUUUGAUGGACUUGUUCUAAUAAUUCCCUGGGUGGUUGUGCAAGAGCUAGAUCGUAUGAAGGCAGGAAAACUACUAAAACAUGCCCAGCACAAAGCUAUACCUGCAGUUCAUUUCAUCAAUGACAGCCUCAGAAAUCAAGAUAAAACACUGUGGGGUCAGUCAAUACAACUUGCAUCUCAAAAGCUUUAUGGACUGAGUGAUGAGAACAAUGAUGAUAGGGUAUUAAAAUGCUGCCUGCAGUACCAGGAAUUAUUCCCCUGUUCUCUUGUCAUUCUGUGCACGGAUGACAGAAAUUUAAGAAGCAAAGGCCUCAUAAGCGGCGUGAAGUCACUCAGUAAAGAAGAAUUGAGUGGAGAGCUGCUUAACUUAUCUCUGAACACAGAUGUGUGUCAUCAGCCUUGUAUUUCUAAGCAACGAUCGAAAGCAGAAGCAACACCGGUAGAAGAGAGCUCUGAUGAAAAGUCUACAAAUUCAGGACUGUCCAUUCUACUUGAGCGUAUAAUAGCUGAUCUUGAAAAAUCUCUUGGAACAGCUUUAUCUUCAAUAUUAGAAACAGAAAUGAAAAUUGCUUUUGGAAACCUUUGGAUGGAGAUGCUGUACUUGAAACCACCAUGGACUCUAAUACACAUACUACAGUGCUUUAAAAAACACUGGUUGGCUGUGUUUGGAUUAAUUAUGGAAAAGAACUUGCUUUUAACUGUUGAGAGCCUAUAUGAAAAUCUCUGUAGAGCUAAUAAGGCAGUGGAUUUUACAACAGUGAAAUUCCUGCUUCGGGAUUCUAAAAGUUUGUUACAUGCUUUCAGUACAAGGUCAAAUUAUGAUGGUAUUCUUCCACAGGCCUUUGCUGAAGUGAACAAACUACUCCAAACAUGGUCAGAGGUCAAGACAAAAUGCACACCAAAUUCUUCAGAAAAUUCAGUGAGUAAAAAGCAGGAAGAUAGUUCUUUGAUGAAGUCUCAUAACCAAGAAAUCACUGUUUUCUCCAGUUCUCAUCUUCCUCAACCCAACAGGCAUCAAGAAAUAUGGUCUAUCCUAGAGAAUCUUUGGAUUACAAUAUAUCAAAACAGCAUAGAUGUGUUUCAAAGAUUGGGCUCAAAUUCAACUCUGACUACUUCAAAAAUAGCAUCUUUUGAGGAAGCAUUUAUAUAUCUUCAAAAGUUAAUGGCAGCUGUGAAGGAUAUUCUUGAAGGCAUUCAAAGAAUUUUGGCUCCCAACAGUAAUUAUCAAGAUGUCGAGACCCUCUAUAACUUCUUAAUCAAGCAUGAGGUAAAUAAAAAUGUCACAUUUACUGCCCAGGAACUUUAUGAUUGUGUUUCACAGACCGAGUAUCGGGAAAAGUUAACCAUCGGGUGUCGCCAGCUGUUUGAGAUGGAGUGUACCAUGCAGCAGUGCAAUGCAUCUGUCUACAUGGAGGCCAAAAAUAGGGGAUGGUGUGAGGACAUGCCCAAUUAAAGGACCUAAGUACUGAUUUGUAACUGAAGAGGAUUGCAUUUGUCUUCAUGAAUAAGUGUGUCACUUAGAACAUGGUCACUUUUUUGAACCAAACUCUAGAGUCUGAAUUUUAAAUGUUUCACAGGUACGAAAAAGUGAUAUUACUGACAAUCUCACUGAAGCUCUAAAAAAGCCUAAUGCAUCAGUUGUGGGAUAAAUUGUGGACUCUUCUGGAGUUGGCAGUAUGUCCAUACCUCUACUCCUGCUACCCAGCCAGUAUCUCUGAGGAAAAGAGAGCCAUCUUUUCAGUCUUGUGGCAGAAGCCAUUGUGGCAUCUGAGGAAGGCCUAGGACACCUCAUUAGCAUCUCUCCCAACCCUGCAUAUGGGCACAUGAUCAGACACUGCCAGAUGCUAAGGAAGAAUUAGGACAUGACCAUGCUCUCUACAUUCCAUAAAUAAACUCUCGUCCUGGGCUGGUUUUGUUGUUGUUUGUUUUUUGUUGUUUUUUUGUUUUUCACAGUACUGGGGAUCAAACCCAGGGGUGUACUACCACUAUGUUACAUCCCCACCCCUUUUUAAAUUUUGAGACUUGGUCUAAGUUGUUGCUGGCCUCGAACUUGUGAUCCUCCAGCCUCAGUCUCCCAAGUUGCUGGGAUUACAGACAUGUGCCAUCAUGCCCAUCUGUCUUGGGCUGUUCUUAUGAUCAAACUUUGAUUCAUGUAAACCUGGUGGAAAUAACAUCACCCACCUUCCUCAGGGUAGUGAAAGAAUUUUGACUUUAGUUCCUGUCUUCCUAUCCAGCUCUUCUUUCUUUCUCUGGGCUUGUCACUUUUCAGUGCAUUUCCCGUGGGGAAGAGCAGCACAACCCCUACUGAGUUGUCCCUUAGGUAUGUGAAGGAACAUGGAUUUUUUGGAAUUAGGUGGCAGUGACUGAUGUGUGCCCCUGUCUAAAAGCAAGUGUUUAAUUGACAACUUUCUUGGUUAUACAGCAAGUUGGAAAUCCUUGUUUACAGGUGUGUAUUAUGCUUUUGUUAAUACAUUAGACUGAAUCAAAUUUGGUAUUCUAUUAUAAAUGUUAUUUUUAAAAAAGAGCAAUAAAUAACAUUUUUAGUAAGAUUUUGUUU